AUGCCGAACCACCAGCUGGCUGACGAGAAGCCCGAGGCUGUGCCGUAUGGCUAUGAGGAGACUAAUGUUGGUUUCGAAGAGCCGUUUGUGCAUGGCGCUGCUACUGUUGGCGGUGAGACUGGUCGCGGAGGAGAUACUCACCGUGGACUGAAGAGUAGACAUAUUCAGUUCCUCGCGCUUGGUGGCGCCAUUGGAACUGGUCUCUUCAUCGGAUCUGGAUCGAUUCUUGCUCUGGUCGGCCCUGCGCCGCUGUUCAUGGCAUACCUUUCUAUGAUGCUCGUCGUCUACAGCGUCAUGAACAACUUGGCUGAAAUCGUCACCUAUCUUCCCAUGCGCGGCAUCACCAUCCCGUACUUUGUCAAGCGCUUCGUAGACCCCAGCUUGGCCUUUGCCGUAGGAUGGAACUAUUGGUACGCGUACGCCAUUCUUGUGGCUGCCGAAGCGACUGCUGGCGCCAUUCUGCUCGACUACUGGGAGACGCCUGUUCACAACGCCGUUUGGAUCACCAUCUUCCUCGUCGUCGUCCUGUUCCUCAACAUUGUCGCAGUCGAAGUCUUUGGUGAAGCCGAGUUCUGGUUCGCGUCCAUCAAGUUCCUGACCAUCAUCGGCCUCAUCAUUCUCGGACUUGUCAUCAUGCUCGGAGGCAGUCCAAACGAUCAGGGAAGGCUAGGCUUUAGGUACUGGAACAAGCCCGGCGCAUUCAAACCCUACAUUGUGGAAGGCAACUCUGGAAAGUUCCUGGCCUACUGGACCGCCUUUGUCCGCGCUGGUUUCGCCUUCAUCACCUCUCCCGAGUUGAUUGCGCUCUCUGCAGGUGAAACCAUUGCACCUCGCCGCAACAUCCCCAAGGCCGCCGGUCGCUUCAUAUACCGUCUCGCCAUCUUCUACGGCCUCGGCUCCUUCAUCAUCGGCGUCAUCGUCCCCUCAGAUGACCCCCGCCUCCUGAGCGGCAGCUCCAACGCCUCAGCCUCCCCCUUCGUCAUCGGCAUCCAGCGCGCCGGCAUCGCAGGCCUCAACCACGUGGUCAACGCCGCAGUGCUAACAUCCGCCUGGUCCGCCGGCAACGCCUUCCUCUUCUCGGGCUCGCGCGUCCUCUACGGCAUGGCCCUCAACGGCGAAGCACCCAAAAUCUUCGGCCGCACAAGCAAAAAAGGCGUCCCCUACGUCGCCGUCCUCGCCACCUGGGCAAUCGGCCUGCUCGCCUACCUAAACGUUUCAAACACGGGUGCGCGCGUGUUUCUCUGGUUCUCAAACAUCUCCACCAUCUCCGGCUUCAUAGCUUGGAUCGUGGUGAUGAUUACGUAUAUCCGGUUCCGCAAGGCGAUGGUGUUUAACAACCUGCUUCACACGCUUCCCUACCGCACGCCGUUUCAACCCUACCUCACGUAUUUCGUCCUCGGCAUCAUCUCCCUGCUCACCCUCACGAAUGGCUUCCAGGUGUUUGUGCCGAGGAAUUGGUCCGUUUCAGACUUUCUGGCUGCGUACAUUACUCUUCCCAUCUUUUUGGUGCUGUACUUUGGCCACAAGGCGUAUUUUAGGACGGCAUUUGCUAUCAAGACUGAGCAUAUUGAUGUUACGACGGGUGUAAGGGAGAUGAAUGAAUUGUGCAAGGAUGAUAUUUCUAGUGCGCCCGUGGCGAAGAAUUGGGCGCAGAAGGUUUGGUUUUGGAUUGCGUAGGUGGUUGUUGUGGUGGUUAUCAUGGGUUUGGGUAUUAUGAUGCGGGGUUUAUGAUAGCGUAUUGAUAUUCAAUUUUCUCAUUCUAAUG